AUGCCACCACCACCGCCGCCGAUUGGGUAUCAAUAACGGGUUGCAGGAAAGGCUGCAUGGUGGCGUCCGAUGGCUCAAACGAAGGCAUUGUUGCAGGACUAAUGCCACCCUCACUAGGCACAAUCAUGGUGGAGGGUUCCUCGCCCGACCUGAUCACAUUACCUAGCACACCUUUAAAAUCCUCUGCAAUCGUACCUAUUGCCUGCAAGAAGGACAGCCACAGCCAUGAGAGCAUCGCCUCCAUUCCCGAAGGAGCAGCAGCUAUGCUCCGACCUUGACCGCGAAGCAGGAUGCAACGACAGCCUGCCAGGCUGGCCUUGCGUGUCGCUGAGCGACCGCGCCUCCGUGGAAGAGGUCCUCUACCAGGAGUUCUACGCCUCGGAGCUGGAAGCGGUCGCGCCGCGCCUGUGGAUCAUGUCGACGCAGUCCAGCGCCAACGUCGAGCCGCUCCAUCGACAGAGGAUAAGGGGGCGUGACAUCCUGAUCACCGACGACCCCCGCCUGCACCUCGUGUGGAUUCACGACCGCAUAUUCGUCAAGCCGAUCCCCAGGUACCUGCUGUCGCACCACUUCUGGGAGUGCUUCCUCCUGUGCCGGCCGCCCGCGGCGCCCGACGCCCGGCUGGAGCUCACCCUGAGGGCCGCCAAGGGAUAUCUCCGGUCCUACCGGCACUUGAUCCGGCGCGAGCCCGACUUCGACAUGGCCAAGCAGGACCACCUGCGGCUCGUCCCCAGGGAUGUCGAGUGGCCAGAGUUCUGCCGCUUCAUUGCGAAUUUCGACCGCGUCCGAGACGCCGACGUGUCGCCCAGGUACCACUACGGCGAGCUCAGGCUGUCGCGGCUCAACUUCUACGCGCCGUUCCUGUUCGGGAGGGCCAACUUCCAGAGGCUGCACGGGCAGUACAGCGACUACUUUGCCGGAUUUUACGGGCCCGUACUGUUCGCGUUUGCCGUGGCGUCGACGGCACUCAGUUCGAUGCAGGUUGCGCUGGCGGUUGAGCAGGUCUCUGCGGUCCAGGACGUAGCCCUGUGGUCCAUUUGCCGUUGGGUCAGUACCGCCGUCCUGGCUGUCACGGCUACAAUUGCUCUUGGGUUUGCGCUGCUCUGGCUGUGGCUGUUCUGCGACGAGUGGGUGUAUGCGAUCAAAUGCCGGGUGCGGAAGCGGCGGCAGAUAGUGUAUCAGCUGGACUGCUGAGUGACGGAUGGAUAAUGGACGGAAAACACCUACUUAUUGACUGAAAAACAGGAUCAAAACUCGACCUUGGAUAUAUUUCUAAUUGUAUCUACCUUGCAAUCCAGAGCCCCCCGGUUGCACUUGCCCAAAC